AUGGCGUCGGAGGACGAGUCAUCGUCAGCCUUCGUGUCGGAGUCCGAGGAGGAAAAGGUGCUGGUGGCGAAGGACGGCGCGGCAGCAGGAGAGGUGAUCGAGGAAGCUUCCGAGGCGGAGGCGACGGAAACGGCGGAGGAGGAUACCGAAGCGGAGGAGACGGCGGAGGAGGAUAACGACGAGGACGACGACGAUGAGAAGGACGAGGAGGGCGGUGCGGCGGAGGCGGAGGUGGAGGCGGAGGAGGAGGUGGUGAUGCUGCUGUGCGUGCUGAGUCUCGACGACGGCGACGUGCUGCGGAAGCGCAAGAUCUGGCGCCGCAUCGCCGUUCCCGCCGACUUCUCGCUGCUGGAACUGCACGUCGCGCUGCAGAACGCGUUCGACUGGGAGGACACGCAUCUCCACGACUUUACCCAGCCGCGCCGCCACGCGUGGCGCCGCCUGCUCGACCCCGCCGCCGCUCUGGCUGACGAAAUCACUGAUUCCGAUGCCGAAACCGACGCUGCUACAACCAAGCCCAAGCCCGCUACAGCCGCCGCUGCUACAGCCAGCAUUGUCGCCCCUGCUACAUCCGAGGCUGUGCUCCCGCCACUGCCAGACACGCAGUACCGGGGGUUCGGCCGGACGGAUCUUUCGGCUGUAGCGGAGCUGCUACAGCUGGACCUGGACUCUCUGCCGCCCGGGUUCACGCGCACGUUCAAGACUGUAACGGGCGCCAAGGAGGAGGCGGCGGACGAUUUGAUUCUGACGCCGGCCAGUUUGGAUCUGGGCGGCAGCGCGGAGGUGGUAUUUGUGGAGCAUGCUGACGUGGCAGCAGCGGCGGGAGAAGGGAAGGAGGUGGCGUUGCUGGCGGGACCUGGCGAGGUAUUGGACGAGAGGGCGUUUGAGGUGGGGGCUGUGUUUUCAAAGACCGACCCGCUGCUGGUGUACCAGUACGACUUCGGGAUGAGCUACGAGGUGCACCUCAUUUUCGAGGGUAAAUUCCCCGCCACCGAGGGGGUGAAUUACCCUACGUGCCUGGCGGGCGCGGGGGCGAGUCCAGCAGAGGACGGCAACGAUAUGGACGAUGAGGGCGCGCUGCUUCCCUCUUACGACUACACUGACUUUGCUGUGCUUGAUGUGUUGGCUAACUUUGAGAAGACCUUUGAGGACUCGUGGCCCGUGGGCCCAGGCUCGGAAGACAGCAUCGACGCUCCCCGAUGCUACAUGUGCAGGUACAACCGGGAGUGUGGGCGGCGCAGGGAGUGCACGGGCAAGUGCUGCGGCUACUGCCUCAAAACCCCGCUGCACCUGCUGGCCGGCUCCAUCCCCCUGCGCGACGCUGACGCCGCGUAUGAGAGCGCAGCACAGAAGCUGCUGCAGCAGCAGAGCAACGCCGCUGAGAGCGCUGAGGCUUAG